ACGACCGCAGGGAGCUGAAGCACGGCAGUAUUACCCCUCCUCCAGCUUUCACACUGCGAGGGGCUUUAAACCACAUUUGAUCGCCAACAGGGAUUUUUUUUUCUUUUACCAGUUUAAAAAGAGAAACUGACCAUGGGAUGCGAUUAAUUUCUGCCGAAUGAAAGAACUUCGUAAGACCUGUUGGCGAUGAUGAAUUACUCAAAGACGCAAAUGUCCAACUUAUCAGACCUUGGAAGUUCAGCUGGGUGCUCACAGUCCGUUCCAGCUGGCGUCAAGCUGGAGGUGUUGAUGGAGCAUCUGCAGAGACAACAAGAAGCAAACGUGGAGAUGAACCUGCAGGAGAAGCAACUUCUUCAAGCUCAGCUCCUGUUCGCUCGUCAAGCUGCUGCAGGACGAGCUUUAGCCUCCAGACAAGACUCAGCGUUGUUUGAAAAAGCAGAUGGACAAACUAAUCAAGCAGUUCAGCAAGCUUUAAAUAACCGUCUGAGCAGAGUGGAUCCAGAGGAGGAUGACGAGGAGGAGGAGGAGGAUGGAAACUCAGAUGAUGAGGAAAAGGGGAUUUUGGGGUCUCGAGACAACAAUGAGGAGGAAGACAUGGCUGAGGAAGAGGAGAACAGCUCUCAUCAACAGGCGAAGAAGCCUCGACUCCAGCAUGUUUCACAUUUCCCCUUCCAGCCUGAUUCUACAUCUCCAUCAGCGGCGGUGAAGCAAACUUCUGAAUCUCCACUUUCAGUGAAAAAGCAGGAGCACAUGGAGAAGAAUCUAAUGUCACUGGCCUUCACGUCACCGAAUGGCUUUGCUGACUGGGGCUUUAAUGAUUCAAUAAAGCAGAAAGGAAACGCCAUGUGGGCUGAAGAGACUGACGGUGCUAAAGUAAGAGGAGAGCCUUCUCGGGACUUUGCCAAGCUUUAUGAACUGGAUAGUGACCCACAGCGGAAGGAGUUUCUCGAUGAACUCUUUGUCUUUAUGCAGAAACGAGGAACUCCUGUGAAUCGCAUCCCCAUCAUGGCAAAGCAGGUGUUGGACUUGUACAAGCUUUAUAAGCUUGUGACAGAGAAGGGAGGCCUGGUGGAGGUUAUUAACAAGAAGAUCUGGAGGGAGAUCACCAAAGGCCUCAAUCUUCCCACGUCCAUCACUAGCGCAGCCUUCACCUUACGCACCCAGUAUAUGAAGUACCUGUAUGCAUUUGAGUGUGAGAAGAAAGGCCUGAGUUCUCCAGGUGAGCUGCAGGCAGCCAUUGAUAGUAACCGCAGAGAAGGCCGACGUCCCAGCUACACCAGUAGUCUGUACCGCUACUCCCCCUCCCCGGGCUCUGCUCCGCAUGCACUCCUGUCUUCACCCAAGAUGCAGGCCACUCCGACCACAUACAACAGCCUGAAUUGCUCUGCCAGUCCGAAUUUAAAGAGAAACAUAGAUGAGUCCUCCGCCCCUGUUAUACCCCAGCUGCCCAUGACUCUGGCACUGGGGCAGCAGCAGCAGCAGCUUGCACAGGCUGCCACAUUUGAGCAUCUUAGAGAGAGGCUGGAGCAAGGAGCAGGUGGCGCUGCAGCUGACAGCCCAGAGAAGAAAAUGAUGCGUCUCGCCGAGGAGCAGCAGCGCCUCAUGCAGCAGGCCCUACAACAAAACCUCCUGGCGAUGGCCUCUCACUUUACCCCCAUGAACCUCAAACUUAGCAACGAAAGCAAACAUGAUCUGUCGCUGAAUAUCUCCACUAAUGGAGCGGCCAGUAUCAGCGUGUCUGUGGAGGUCAAUGGCACCGUUUACUCAGGGAAACUGUUUGCCCAGAAGUCAGCGGCUUCUGUGUCAUCGCAGAACGUAACUCCAGCAGGAACAAGUGGUUUCAGUGCUCUUUCCUCCACACAAAGUUCCACCGCUUCAUCUCCCACCUCCUCAAAGGGACCACAUUAAAAUUGCUGGCUUUUAAAUCUGUCCGGAGCAUAAUGAUUCCACAGCGCGCCGCGCUGUGUGCUUCUUGUCAAACAAGACCUGGAUGAAUUCCUUGGACUCUGCCACAACACAGGAAGCUUUCUCUUACUUUAAUAGGAUAGUCCGAGGUCAAACAAUGUUGACAUUACGCUUGGUUUAAUGUCAUUUCACAUUGUAGUUUAUCUAACAGUGCCUGUUAGAAGAAUUUUCUAAUAUAGUAGCUUUCUGCUAUAAAAGGCUUUAGAUUUGUUUGGAAAUAUCUUUAGAGGAAAAAAUGCUACAGCUCUUUGGGUGUCAGCUGCAUUUGUAGUUAUUAUCAAACUGUUCUGUAGCUGCUUUUUCCAUCAGUAGAACGAUGCGGUUGCCAAAGAGCAGCUAGUGAAGACCAAAAAGCCUUCGUUCAGUGUCAUAGCUCCUGAAGCCAUUUUGUUUUGCUCUUGGUAAACCUUUGGUUUACUCUGAGCAAAAGGUUGUAUUUUUUUGUACUUUGUACUUUCCACGGAAAUAUUGCACCUCCUAAAGAAUCAAAUGGAAUUUCAAAGAGAGUGGAUGCAGGUGGGCUUAUUCAUUUUUGCUUUAUUGUUAUUUAUUCAUUUGACAAGGCCUCAAAAUUACACAUCAUUAAUUUCAAAUAAGUCAAAGACAACACGAGAGCCGAUGUUUCUGCUGGGAGUUAUCAGAAUUGAAGUGACACAACAUUUACCUCAGUUGACUUCCCAUGUUGGUGAGUUUCUCAGGCUAGUUUCUUCUGGACUCAGGAAUGUCCUCUGGACUCACUGGACUGAUAUGUAUAUCUUAUCAUAUUGCUGUGUUAUGUUUGUGUAAACGCAGAGAAUGUAUCCUUGAGGACCUUAAAGUGAACACUGAAACGGUGCUACCUCAGUCUUUAGUGAAAUAUGCAGCACGUGUUCAUUUGCUGAAACUGUAUAUGGACAAUCAAGUACACAUAUGAUCACAAACAAAUGCCACUGUGAAAUUAACUGUUAAAAUAAGGUUGACUUUCAGUUCUGUUGUUGGAUAUUUUGUAAAUG